CAGGGGUUCUCGGGAUGCGACGGACAGUUCGGGAGAACGCGCAGCGCGUGUGUCGCGCGCUCGCGUGAUAUCAUUCGAACGAUUUGAUGUGGUGCAUCUUCCUAGGCUGCUCUACCGUGCACUGAGCUGACGGCGACUGCGCAUCGAAAGUAUGCUCCCCACAUAUCACCAGCUGAAGCUUCAGCUAUGGUGGAUCCUGUCGGACCCCGGUGAAAGCCACGACAGAUACGUAAAGGAGUAUCGAGCCUUCUUCAGCGAGCAGGCCUCGCUGCUGGACGUAGACGCUACAUUUUCAUUCGGCGAGGUAUGCCGCAAGCAGAGCAGGAACCUUUACGAAGGUUUACGAAUUUACCAGGUGGAUUGUGCCAUAGAGUGGCCUGGCAUCACCUGGUUUGGCCCGUCCGCUAAACACCUACAGGUGGGUUGCGCAUGGUGCAAUGCCAGGCGUGACCAGGGGUCCAACAAAGCACUGUUCCAGUGGCUGGUGCCAAGCCUCCUCGAGGCCUUUCAGUUGGCCACUCACCCCGUGGACCGGAAUGUGCUAAUAAAUGAAAAGAACCACUUCGUCGAGCUCUACCUUCACCUCAAGAUACCGCCGAUGCUGAUGGGCGAAGUGGUGAGCGACAUUCCAGCAAGGCCCGGCAUCUCAGCAGCGGCAGCUCUGCUCUGCUGGGAGCGCUACCUUGCCAUCGGAUGCAACUGCAUCGGCGGUGCUGUGCGCACGGCCUCCCUCUGCGGAGGCCUCUUCCUAAAGCUGGUUGUACGGGACCACUCCCUGGCAAGGCGCGUGGUUGGGCGGCUCUCUCAUCGUUGUGCCCUUGGGACACUGAUCUGCUAUGCACCCAUUCGGACGUACUCGUCCAAAGAUGCGGCGUUCAAGUGGAGUCACGAGGUUCAGGUGGGUCGCGAAUGGUGCAAUGCUGGUCGUGACCAGGGGUCCAACAAAGCACUGUUCCAGUGGCUGGUGCCAAGCCUCCUCGAGGCCUUUCAGUUGGCCACUCACCCCGUGGACCGGAAUCAUGACCAGCGCAGCCUCCACAUCGACCUACACCUCAACCACCGUAGCGGGUGCGAAGAUCAUGUCGCAGAAUACCGAUUUGUCGUGCCCUAUCUCAACGUCUUGAAGGUGCUAAUAAAUGAAAAGAACCACUUCGUCGAGCUCUACCUUCACCUCAAGAUACCGCCGAUGCUGAUGGGCGAAGUGGUGAGCGACAUUCCAGCAAGGCCCGGCAUCUCAGCAGCGGCAGCUCUGCUCUGCUGGGAGCGCUACCUUGCCAUCGGAUGCAACUGCAUCAGCGGUGCUGUGCGCACGGCCUCCCUCUGCGGAGGCCUCUUCCUAAAGCUGGUUGUACGGGACCACUCCCUGGCAAGGCGCGUGGUUGGGCGGCUCUCUCAUCGUUGUGCCCUUGGGACACUGAUCUGCUACGCACCCAUUCGGACGUACUCGUCCAAAGAUGCGGCGUUCAAGUGGAGUCACGAGGUUCAGGUCCACUUCGAGAACAGGAUUCUGCGAAAGUUCAACAGCGAGUUCGCCAUCCGUGUGUCAUUCAGGGACGACAACCUGGACAAGCUGUCAUUCACACUGAAUCUACACUCGUCUCUGGAUGCUCUGCUGGACGCCGUUGUCGGAAGCUUCCUGCAUCAGGGAGUGUACGACGUGAUGAAGCUGACAGACUGUCCGUCGGCCACGCAAAUUCGGUAUGCCGGAUCCAAGGGCAUGCUUUGCAUCAACCACGCCCUGCCGUACAAGAAGCUGCUCUGCCUGCGGCCCAGCAUGCAGAAGUUCCCCUGCGCCAGCUCGGAGUACCUCGACGUGGUCAAAGUCUCCGCAUCUCGCUCUGUGACAUUUAACCAACCCCUGAUUAAGAUCCUGGAGCAGCUGGGAGUGCGGACAGACAGAUUUAUCCGUCUGCAAGAGAACAUACAAUUCACAGACGUCCUCGUCGAGCAGUCCAGUGCCGUUAACGUGCUAGCAGCGUGGUCGAAGCUGCCACUGCCGUACGAGGACCUGUCCAAGGCUGGCUUUCAGCUUGCGCUGGACCCCUUCUUUCGGUCGCUACUUCUAGCCGUGUACCGAAAUGCGGUUGCGGGCCUUCAGUACAAGACUCGCUUAGUGCUGCCCCUGGAUCGUGCCCGCAACAUGCUUGGAGUGGUUGACACUACAAGCAAGCUCCGGUAUGGCGAGGUGUUUGUACAGUUCACCGAGAUACGCAGACCACGUGUGCAGUACCAUGAACUACCUAAGCGGACUGUCAUCACGGGCACUGUCCUUGUCACCAAGUGCCCCUGCCUGCACCCGGGUGACGUGCGAAAGUUCACCGCCAUCGCUGUGCCAGAGCUGCACCACGUCAUUGACUGCAUCGUGUUUCCACACGGACCCAGGCCACACCCCGACGAAAUGGCUGGCUCCGACUUGGACGGGGACGAGUAUAUCGUCAUUUGGGAGAAGUGUCUGUUUUUCGUGGUACCAAAGAGACCUCCCAUGAACUUUUCAGACAGGAACCCUGAGCCGGACAACAAAGAAAUCGCGACUGAUGACAUAAUCGAGUUUUUCUGCAAUUACAUCAAGAACGACUCCAUCGGGAUCCUGUCGAACGCCCACCUGGCAUGGGCUGACCAGGAGCCGGGGGGAAUUCACUCGCCAAGGUGUCUUGCCAUUGCAGAGAAGAUCAGCAUCUGCGUCGACUUUGCCAAGAAUGGUCAGACAGCCUUCUUGCAGCGUGACAAACUCCCCCUGCUUUACCCAGACUUCAUGGAGAAAGGCAGCCACAAAACUACAUACCGGUCGGACUGGGCACUCAGGGUCCUGUACCGAACGUGCCGUUCCCUGGAAGCUUCCGUCGGCAGGCUCGGCCAUCGGCAUGUCGAUUCAGGCCUGUGCCAUGCACUCGCCGUGCCAGGGUGGGAGAACUACAGGGAAUCGGCAAUUCAAGCCCUCACAGAUCACAAUUCAAACAUUCGCCAAAUUCUGAGCCAGUAUGGAAUUGAGUCGGAAGGUGACGUGACGAAAUUUUUAACUGAGACAACACGCAACAUCUUCUAUACUGAUGUCCUAAAAGAAAUGCAUGACAACUGCAUCAGCGAUUCUAAAGAGCUGCGCAAACGGAAGCUUUGCAGAGCCUCUACCUGGUACACGGUGACGUACGAGCCCAAUGUGGAGAACACAUUCUUCAGUUUUCCUUGGUGCAUUGCCGAUGUCCUGGUAGAAAUUUUGCGCAGCUCAGAUGUGCAGGCCAGGGUGUGGUGCCCAAACAUCCUGCACUGGAAAAUUGACCAGCUCGUCACGAACAAUAGUGACUUUACAGAAGAUGACGAUCUGGAUGCAGGUUGCGAUUCAUUCAGGACUGCCUUCAGAAUCGUUGAGAAGUGGCUUAAAGAUGAAACACUUCUCGAUCAGCAUGAACCAGGCACUUCAACCAAGCCUGGGCUGUGUUCCAACCGCCUGCUGAACUUUUACACAGAGUUUCUGGGAAACAAAAAUCUUUCACCAGUGGGCAGGAUUGUAAUGAGGAGGCGGCAUGCAAUGAUGCUGUCGGUGGUAGGGGUACCGAACUUGACUGAAUCGACGGCUCAAGAGGCAAUGGAAGAAUGUGCGGAUCGAGAGGAACCCACCGAAAAGGCUGUUUCUCAAGCCUGGCAAAUAGUGGACGGUUUCUUGGAGCCUCUUUUGUUAGACGAUUCUGAAGAUGAGGCAAGUGAGCCCAGGACGGCAUACCAGAAUGGACACGUUGAUGAUCAGGAAGACUCGGAGGUCUCUCGUUCUUCGGUGUUUCCCCUGCAACAGGCUUCGGACACGAGCAACUCUGAACCAGACAUUUUUGAGGACCCCAGCGUCGGAACUCUGGUCGUCUCCUUCCUUCGGUGGUGUCUUGAGCAGCACCAGCUGACCCGAGAAAUGUGCCGUGUUGGUGCGUGCGCAGGCGGCGGCUACGAGUGCCAGACCCAUAGGUUGCCGAUGGUGGCGUUGCGGGCCUACAGAUCGUUGGUGGUGUCGCUGGACCCGUGCCACGUCUCUCUGCCUUGUGACCCUGCGUAUCACAAGCCGCACCACGAGGUUGUUGAGAGAGACCCCGUCCGGAUCCAGAUAGCCAAUCCGGUGAUGGAUCAGAUGCUGAAGGACAAGCUCCAUCUGGAUCUGUAUUCCUCCUUGCACCAGCCGUCACAGCAAGUCACGGAACGAAGAUCGCCUCACGGCGGCGGAACCCAUUCCCUGCAAAGCCCUGGGCAACGCGACCACCGCUGGACGACCCACUGUCGCCUCCAAGGAACCCUUAUUGGGGGUCGCCGCUACCACGUGGACUAUUGGAGGGUGUGGGCGCAAGCGGUGGGACCAGCGCGCAGUCGACGAAAGCCACCGAACCGCCUGCUGGAUGACCCGCUGUUGCCUCGAUGCAACCCUGCUCGGAAGUAACCCGUACUACGCCGGUCCCAUGGAGGCGGUUCA